AGCUAGCAAUGGCGACCCGUCAUGGCAGCAGGAGGACAAAGGCAGAUCAGUGGCUAUUUGGUAGGAAAUGGAGGGGGUCUGCAAAAGAGACAAGACAUCCUGUUGUCUCUGAGGUUAAGCGCCCAAAUCCCAUUACCGUUCAGAAGGAUGAAGGCAUCUGCCUUGAGCAGUCCAGGGUGCAUCUUCCUGGCCUGGGGCAGAGAGAGAUGAUCGAUGUUGCGCCCGGGAGGAAAUCAAUGCCUGAGAUGGAGACCAACAUGAAAGAAGUAGAUCAGUGGCUAUUUGGUGGGAAAUGGAGGGGAACUGCAAAAGAGACAAUACAUCCUGUUAUGCCUGAGGCUAAGCCCCAAAAUCCCACUACCCCACAGAAGGAUGAAGGUACCUGCCUUGAGAAGUCUAGAGUGCAUCUGCAUGGUCUGGGACAGAGAGAGAUCAUCGAUGUUGCACCCGGGAGGAAAUCGAUGCCGGAGAUGGAGAUCAACAUGAAAGAAGUUGUUGCUGUGCUCGGGGUGAAGGUAAUGGCUGCAGACAUGCCACCAUUCAUGCAACUGCAUGCGUUCCGAUGCGCUAAGCGAUCCCAUGACAGCUUGGACAAGUUCAGCUCAAGGCAGCUGGCCCAUGAUGUGAAGAAGGAGUUUGAUAAAGUGUACGGGCCUACGUGGCACUGCAUCGUCGGUACAAGCUACGGUUCCUUCGUGACUCAUUCCAGAGGUUGUUUCCUCUACUUUUCCAUGGACAAAAUCAUUGUGAUGCUGUUCAAGACCAAGAUAAGGAAAGUGUUAGCAUCCUGAGCUUUGUAAUAAUGACUUGCUUUUGUGUCCAUCAUGAAGGGGUCAGUUCAGUUUUAUGAUAUUGACACUUGACUUGAAUUAUCGCUGCUUGUGAGUUGCAACUGGGAAAUGAUAGGUUAGUUCCACUGUACGGAGAUGCUCUUCUUGUUUGUGAAUAGCACCAAUAGAGAGAGGGGUGAAGAACAUGGCACCGUACCGCGAUGCCCUUCUUGUCUACUAAAUUAACAAUUGAAAGCAAUCUGCUAAUCAGCAGAUCCAUUUGCCUUAGGGAAGGCCAUUGUCAUGUAGCUGCGGCCCAUCUUCGUUCUUUUCAUACAAAAUUCCAUGAUGGAAUUUUUUUUUUUGUCAGUAAGUUCAUCACUUUGUGAUCAAAAUUUUAUAUUGGCCAUUUUCUC